AUGGAAGAAGACCAAAAGUUAAAGCUUAAUGUCAUUGUUCAGGAAGCUAAUGAAGCCAAUUCCCCUGGCAGUACAAAUUUGUCAAACAAGUCUCAAAACCACACUCAAGCCAGAGAUCAUAAAUGGUGGAUAAGGGUAGCUGUCUAUUCCAUUUUCGUCCUCUGCGGCGAGUCAGUUGCAACACUAUUGGGGAGACUCUAUUAUGACAGAGGUGGGAACAGCAAAUGGAUGGCUGCACUAGUGCAAAUUGCAGGCUUCCCAAUCCUCCUUCCUUACUAUGCAAUCUCAUUACCAAAAAACAAUAAAAGUUCAUCAAAAUACAACAACAAUGUUGUCCUCACAAAAUCACCCUCACCCUUGACCAUUUUAUCAGUUUACAUCUCUCUUGGACUUUUGAAUGGAGCAGUCUGUCUUUUCCACUCCAUUGGCCUCUUCCACCUUCCUGUCUCCACUUACUCCCUCAUUUGCGCAACCCAAUUGUCCUUCAGUGCUUUGUUCUCAUUCUUUCUCAACUCACAGAAAUUCACUCCUUACAUUGUCAACUCUCUAGUGCUUCUCACCAUCUCCUCAGUCCUCCUACUAUUCCAAGCAGAUUUUUCAGACCAAUCCAAAGUUUCAGGUAGAAAGUAUGUGCUCGGAUUCAUCUUCACCAUCUUGGCAUCCGCAGGGUAUGGCUUGGUGCUAUCCUUGACACAAUUUUCACUGCAGAAAGUUUUCAAGAGGGAAACAUUUGCAGCCAUCAUGGACAUGACAGUGUAUCAAUCACUUGUGGCAACAUUGGCUACUCUGGUGGGGCUAUUCAUCAGUGGUGAUUGGAGGGUUUUGGAUAAAGAGAUUGAAGGGUUUGGAUUAGGGAAGGUUUCCUAUGUAAUGACCUUAACAUGGGCAGCUAUUUCAUGGCAACUUUUCAAUAUUGGAGCAGUGGGACUAAUUCUUGAGGUGUCUUCACUCUUCUCAAAUGUCAUAAGUGUGUUAAGUUUGCCUGUGGUACCUGUUUUAGCUGUGAUCUUCUUCCAUGACAGAAUAGAUGGAGUGAAAGUGAUAGCACUGGUUUUGGCCAUAUGGGGCCUAAUGUCCUAUGUUUAUCAACACUAUCUUGAGAGUAAGAAAUCAAAGAAUGAGAAUAUUGAAAGAGAUGAUGAUAAUGAAAAAACAACAAGUCCCUCAAUGGAAGAGAUGAGUAGUGAUGGUGGACUAGAUGGGGUCUCUUUAGUUCAAUUUGAGACUAGUUUCUUUAAACAAGUGUGAUUAAAAUAACUUACUAUUCUUAGAUGAAAAGAAGCUAACUAUAUAGGUCUUACAAGAAACUUCAACUCAUGAAAGAUGAUACCAAAAUAACCCUAGUCUUUCUACUGAGAUGGAUAUGCUUAGGCUGUUGAUGAAAAGUCAUAAAGGCCAAUGUGUAAUAGCCUUGUUCUUGAUAUUGCUCUUAGAAUUUUUUACCACAUAAAGAAAGUUUCAUAAUUGAUGCUUGCUACAUAAUUAGUACAUA